GGUGUCCAGCCUCCCCCCCACGUUCUGCGCGCCACUGAGGUAUUGGCUGGGGCUUCUGCAUCGGCUUCUGGAAGCACGGCACACCAACAUGAGGUCGCCCUAGGAAACUUCUGUGGGGACCGUAGACACGCUGUGGCCCACAGGGCCCACGCACGAGUUGACAGAGAACAUGGUGGUCGAUCAGGCAAUGGGACCCGGACACUGCUUGGCUGCCAGAAGCGGAGCACUCUACUUCCACAAAGGACGAAAAAAGGUACCCGUACGCUGAGAUUAUACGGCUCCAUGCCCCCAGCCUCGUGGAGAUGGUAUGGAGUAUCGAAAUACGUCUGCCUAGAGGUUUACGGGGCUCUGGGGCAAGCUUACAGCAAGCCUUCUGGGGACGCAGAGUGCUUUUUGGCCUACAAACACAUACCAAAGCAAGCAACACAAGAGGGGAAGCGAGCUAGGAUGAAGAAAUUUCUUGCAAGAAUGAAUGGAUGGGGAGAAGCGUUGAAACACAAGAAAUGCGGUGUGCCAACGUAA